AUGGUUCGAAAAAAAUCAGCUGCAUCGAAAGCGAAAUCAAGAAGAGAAUCUUAUAAACGACGACAAGAAGUUCAUUCAAAGAUUAGUCGUUCGUGGAGAAUAUUGAUUGUAACUGUAAAAGCGUUCAAAAAAUUUUUAAGUUUGAGACGUAGUAUUAGAAAUAUUUCAUUUGCACAUUCGUUUGCUCAAAAAUCGUUGAGUGCAUCAGAAAAUGAUUUAAUUGAUUUAAACUAUAUUAAUUAUAGAAAUAGCAAAGAUGUGAGAGAUACUCUACGUAAAAAAAUUCAAAUACAUAAAGAAAUUGAUGAUCAACAUGUAAUCAAAGAUAUUGUUAAAAAAGUUGUGUCAAGAGUUUGUCGUCUAGACAGCGAACGUAAAAGACAAUUGAAAAACAGACAGUGUCGAAAACAAAUAGAUUUUCGAAAUAAACUUAAAACACAAUCAAAGAUUACUAUGCUAAAUAAAUAUCAUAAUGAUUCAGAUUUUCGGAACAAACUGAUAACACAAUCAAAGAUUACUAUUUUAAAUAAAUAUCAUAAUAAUUCAAGUUUUCGAAAUGAAUAUAAAGCACGCAUGAAAACUGAAGUUUUAAAAAGAUAUUACACUAAUAAUUCGAUACGAUUGAAAAUGAUUCAAGAUGCAUUAAAUUGGUAUAGUAUUAAUAAUACAUUGACGAGAAAAAAGUCAAGACAACUUUAUAAUCAACGUAGACGUAUCUUAAAAAAGUAUAGUAUCAUUGAAAGUCAUAAAUGCACAUUAAAACACAACCACUUAUAUAUAGGUAAGUUGAAAGAGUUUCGAAACAUUAUUGAAGAAGGACCUGAUUAUAUUUGUAUUUCAUGCGGAAUAACAUUUUUUCGUAAUCAAGUAAUACCAUUUAUGAAAGACAAGUAUGUAAAACAAAAUAUGUCGUUUGAAAUGAGUGAAUAUAUUCCAUCUUACUUUAUUGAUGCAUCUUCAUCAGAACACAGAUGGAUUUGUAGAUUAUGUUCAUAUAAAAUAAAAAAACAACAAUUGCCAAGUCGAGCAUUAUUGAAUAAAUUAGAAGUUUGUCAAAUUCCACCUGAAUUAACAAAUUUAAAUAAUUUGGAAAAACAUUUAAUUUCUUUACGAUUACCAUUUAUGAAAAUUGUAAAUUUAACAUCAGGAAAAGUAUCAAGUAGAUUAGCACAAAAAGGUACUAAAGGACCACUUCAUUGUGUACCAUCAGAUGUGCAAGAUACUGUAACCACAUUGCCACGUCCAGUUGAUAAAUCUAUGAUGGUUCGAUUGCAAUUGAAACGACGAAUAAAAUAUAAAGCAGUGUGGGAAGAACAAUUAAUAAAUCCAAAUGACGUACGAGAUGCAUUAUUAAUUUUAAGAAAGAUGCAUCCAGGAUACAAAAAUAUAAAGAUAAAUGAAAUUGAUGAAAGUUAUCUUACUUCAGAUCAGAACAAUAAUUGUGAAAAUAAUACUAAUUCAGUGGUUGAAAUAAUGGAUAUUGAUAUUAUUGAAACAGAAAAUUCAAUUGAAGAAAAAGUAACAUCUGAUGAAAAUCAUUUGAAGUCAUUAGCAUUAGGCGAUAUUGAUAAUAAUAAUAAUAAUAGUGAUGAAGAAAUAGAUGAAGAUAAUAAUGAUAUCCGUACUAAAUAUAAUAUUGGUACAGAUUCAUGUACUCAACCAAGUGAUUAUAACGAUUUUCUUGUUUUUGAUAAAGAACCAUGUAUUAUAGCACCGGCAGAAAAAAAUAAAUUGAGUUCAUUGUUAACAGAUAAAACCAUUGAAGCAUUAGCUUUUCCUCAUUUAUUUCCAGACGGGAAAGGAUCAUUUGAUGAAGAUCGUGAAUCAAAUCUAAAAUGGAAAGAAUAUUGUAAAGCACGUUUAUUUUCAUCAGAUUCUCGGUUUGCUGCCGACUCAAGCUAUAUCUUUUAUCUACNACAAUCGAUUUUUCGUUUUUUACGAAACAUCGUUUUAUUUCCCGAACUCGAGAUUCGUGCUUCGCACCGCAUUUCGUAUUCGAGUCGAAUCUCGAAUACCAUCUAG